UUGACUAGUCGUCAAAGCACCGACACCCAGGGUGCACAAAAAUUCGCAAUGUUUGAUAUCUUGAACGCUCCACCGGUUGAUCCCUUUGGGGUGCCACUUUUGGGCAGCCACUGGCCCAUCUUGACCAUAGUUGCAGUCUACCUGCUGUUUACGCUGAAGGUGGGCAGGAAGCUGAUGGAGAAUCGAGAGCCUUUCGAUCUGCGCGGCGUCAUCAAAGUCUACAACAUCGUGCAAAUUCUGUACAACGGCAUAAUGCUUGUGAGCAGCCUGCUUUUUAUGCUGAACACCUACGACCUCAAAUGCGUAACCAACCUGCCAAUGGAUCACGAGUGGAAGAACACAGAGCGAUGGCUGACCUACUCGUAUUUCCUAAACAAGAUACUGGAUCUGCUGGACACCAUAUUCUUCGUGCUGCGCAAGAAGCAUGGGCACUUAACAUUUCUGCACAUCUUCCAUCACUCUAUAAUGCCGUACAUAUGCUUUACGUACAUCCGUUUUUAUGGACACGGUGGCCAUGUCAACUUCAUCUGCAUGUUCAAUGUUCUGGUGCAUAUCGUAAUGUAUGAAUACUACUAUGCCUCAUCCCAGAGCCGCAAUCUUCAGGAGAGUCUCUGCUGGAAGAAGUACCUCACCCUCACACAGCUGAUCCAGUUCAUGAUGAUGUUCCUGAACUGCGCCUACACCUACUUCCAGCCCAACUGCAACGCAUCUCGCGGCGUUAUCUACUUGAUCUGCACCAUGUUUGUGAUGUUCACCAAAUUCGACAUAAACACGUACAUUCGUCCGAAGAAGGUCAGGCCCAAGGGUACAGCGCAUUGAUUCAUAUUUGCAUAUUCCCUAAACGAAUGAAAGCAGCAAUUAAAUGUACUCGGAUAAUGCAAUGAAA